GACGACCAAAUUGGAAUAUAUCCAACAAUUGAAUGAACCUCUGAAUGAACAACAAUGCGACGAGAAACUUGUACUACGCACACAAAUGAUACGGUUCAUUUUCUAAGUUACAUUUAAAAAAAAAAUGCCUAAAAACUAUUUUUCCACUCCCGCUUUUGCUCGUAAACAUCUGUUGCGAUGCAUGGCGUGUUUGGGCAGUUUGGGUUUUCCGUGGCGUGUUUUUGGUGGCGCCAGCAGGCGCCAGUGGUGCGGCGUGUAUGGCGCGUAGUUGUGUUGAGUCGAGUUUUUGAUUUUCGUCGUCUGCGUGUAUAAGAUCCUUACAUUUGAACGCCAUACCUAUAAAUGAUCCUACAUGUAUUCCGGCGGGUGUCCUUUCGGCCGUCUUCGUACUUCCUGCUACCUUUGCGUGGAGUGCCUUCGCCCGCUGCCAGUUAUGUUAGGGGCAUCCUAGGAUCACCCGGCAUGGCUCCGCAGAAGCCCCCAAAUGUGCUCAUUUUCACUGAUGAGGAUGUCGGAUCGGACCAGCUUCGUUUUCACGCCGUGAAGGAAACUUUGAGCAUGUGUCUCAGCCCGGAUAACUACGCCAUUUACCCCCUGUCUGAGAACCAGGUCAAAAGUACUCCAUGGUUGACGAACACCAAACUCCUUAUUGUUGCAUGCAGUGAACUGAGCAGCACAACAAGGCGCAUCUUUAGAGAAUAUUUUCUUCGGGGAGGGAAUCUUCUUGUUAUGGCUGCAAAAUUAGACUUGCCUGGUGUUCGACCGCUGGAACACAUUUCGGAGCAUCAAGAUAUUGUUGAAGUAACGUACGACAAAGCAGGAGACAUUGCAGUCUUGAGAGGCGACGUAGUCUACCAGUUUGACCCAGGUACAAGAGUUAAAACUUUGGCAUGUGAUAAGGAUGGUGCUGGCUUCCUAUUUGAGCUUCGAGGAUGCGGCAGCAACGGAUUAGCACUUCUAUCGCAGAUUCACCUGGAGUUUGACCCUGUGUUCUUCAGUACAUCCGAGGAUGUGUUUGCAAAGCUCAAGAAAGCGAAUGAAAGCAGGAUAUCAAUGUUGAGAAACAUUCUGUCCACACACUUUCACUUGAACUGCAGCAUUAGCGUCUCCCACAAGUUAUCUACAGGAAAUGUGUUCUCAGCAGACAAGGCGGUGCUUUUGGAGUUUUUGUCUAGACCGCAAACCACUUCUGGUUCACUUGUGGAUGGUGGCAUCACAUUUCACUACCUCACAGCAGACAAUGCUGCAUCCAUGACGCCUACUAUUGACUGCCUUCCUGUGAUCAUUCCGUCUAGUGAUGCAUUCUUCAGCAGCCCUUCUUUCAACAGUGCAGUCUACUUCACUGCAUUGAGGACACGCAGCUUGGGCAGGCUAGCCCUUUUCGUUGAGAAUGUAACCACCACCAUGGCAGCUAUAAAAGCUUUACAAUCUGUCCAUGGAUCUGUUGCUAUUGCCACACGUCAACUGAAUGGAGUAGGUCGAGGAGGCAAUGCCUGGCUUGGCCCUGCUGGCUGUGCCAUGUUCACCGUGUGCCUGCAAUUACCGCUUCAUUCACCACUGGGCCAGAGAAGCCCGUUUGUCCAGCAUCUUGCUGCCCUGGCUAUGGCCAAAGCGGUCCGUGCCACGCAGGGCUAUGAGAUGGUAAAUAUCAGAGUGAAGUGGCCCAAUGACAUUUAUUAUGGAUCCCAUGUGAAAGUAGGAGGUGUCUUGGUUUCAUCAACUGUCAACAGGGAUGCCAUUACUUGCUUUAUAGGCUGUGGUAUGAAUGUUUCAAACAGCCAACCAACUCUAUGCAUCAAUGACAUUGCAAAAGUAGUGUCCUGUAAAUUUAAUACAGAGCAAGUUGUUUGCCCUCUGACACCUGAAGAAGUCAUUGCUAAGGUGUUAAAUGAAAUUGAGUUUUUGGUGGCUACAUUCCAAAGUGGAGGGAGCAAGAUGGUAUUACAAGAGUACUACAAGUACUGGCUUCAUGGUGGCCAGGAAGUCACCCUGCAAGAUUUCGGAUGCAAGGCCUUGAUCAAAGGAUUGGAUGAAUAUGGCUACUUGUUGGCAGAGUGCUCGGGCAAGAUAUACAAAUUGCAACCUGAUGGAAACAGCUUCGACCUUAUGAACAACCUUAUUGUUACAAAAGCGUAGUUUUUAUCUUUGUUCUAAAAUUCCUAACAUAAUUGAACCUCAAUGUAAUGAAGUUGCAUCUUCACUGCAGAAUGUGUGUAAUUGUGAACUGAUGCUUUUCAAUGCAAUAAUGUUUCCACAACUGUACUUUGUACUUUCAAUUUAACCUGUGGUGGAUGGGUACUACAUACAAGUAUUCAACAGAAAUUCAAGCAAUAAUGAGACAUUUGAAGUGCUCGAACAGUUAGGCUGUAUAUAAUUGUGGGAGUUAUAGCUGCUGAAGCUUGGGUUGAAGAAGUGAAACACAGUGCCACUGCGACAUAAGCCUUUCACUGCCACAAUUUAUAAUGUAGCUCAGUAGAGAGAUUCAGCUGAGUAUUUACAAUCUGAACCACUCAUACCAGUGUAUGCUUAAACAUUUGUAGGCAAGCCACUUGAUCAGAACACUAGGAUACACAAUGUUUAUGCUGUCAGUAGAAGGCAGGUGCCCUUGGUCCUACUGCUGAGUUGAUUGAACAGAGUAUGAUGGUGUAACGACUUGGCUUUGGUCUUGUUACAGCCAAGUUGGCUGCAUGUCACUUGCAUCUCUUGAACAGUCGUCACAUGUGAAAUCGAUGCAAUUCUCGGCAGUGCCUGAGCACAUGAAACGUGAGUCCAGUGGACUGUGUAGUACUUUGCUAAAGCUAUCCAGUGCUCUUAAUAUCUAAUGUCAUUGCUUUGUGACACAAGUCAUGUAGAGUGACAUUCUACUCAUAAAAAACAGAAUUGUUGCUGGAGAAGCAUACUGUCAGUGGUUGCAGAUACUUGACAAGAACUGGCAGUGCUAGUCAAAUAGCUUGUGAAGCCAGGGUGCACAUAUGCCUCAUGGCAAAGACAAUUAAAAGAAUGCAGCAGGGCGUAUUGCUCUGAUGUGCACUCGUAUCCCCUACGAAAGCUAGGGACUCCAUGGAAGGGACACAUGCAAAUAUCUCAAUAAUGCCUUCUAUAGAAAUGCAGUAGAGAAUUUUACUAUUUUGGCAGUGAACAGUGGUAUGAAGGUUAAAACCACAAUGAAAACUGUUUUCACUUCCAUUCACUCAUUGCAUACAACACUUGUUAAAUUCAUCAGCUGUCUCUUUUCUGCAUUUUGGAAGUAAAUUAGAUUUUAGGUACCCAACAGUAUGGUGCACUAGUGAUCUUAUAUGGUGUGGUCUGUAAUGAAGUUUUUUUGUCCCUGUAUGCCUUCUCCCAGUGCAGGGUAACAACCCAGGCACUCAUCUGGUUAACCUUCUUCUUAACCUUCUACCUCCCUCUCUAUACUGCUGAUAACUGCAGCUACUCUGCAGCUGGGUGCUACAGGGGCAGCCAUACUACAGCACAUAGAAGGACCAUAAUACUCGGUCGCUCUUGUGUAAUCAUGAUUCGCCUUUAUUUAAGUCUUAAUUAAUAAAUUAAGAGGAGGUCAACCCCAGUGAUGCAGUAAAGAUGUCAGAAUAAAGCCCACUGUGGCACAAGUGGAGUGUGGUUUCCAACUGUUGUAAUGCUGACGUUGAGUGAGCAUCCCCCAGCAUGCUUUUUCCUUCCAUUUGUUGCAUGAGAGGUUGCAUACUGUCUUGAUUGUGGCGGUGAAGUUGCAUGACACAAAUCGAGAAGCACCAUCACAAAUGCAAGAUCUUGUAUGUAUGACCAUAGGUCUUCGAACAACCAUGAAACACUACUUCACGCCAUGAUACUGAAACCCAUUACACACUUAACCUAUUUUCACAUUUCAAUUUGCAACGAGUUUAUUUACACAACAGUUUGCCCUAGUUUUGCAACCACUGAAUAACCGUAGAAUGUGUUCAUAGAUUUCUUGUUUUCUUGUUGACAAUGACUGGUGCAUUUUUCAUGACUGCUUUUGCUCACAUACAGGCGCACUUGUCUCUUUAUGAGUGUGAAUGCAACCUGAUUGAAUAAGUAGUGGCCUCCUGUGCCUUUAGUAGUGCACAAACACUUGCCACGAUGUCUUUUGUGAUAACAAUACUUUUGCAACUAUGCAGGUACCAUGCAGUUCAUGCAAAAAAAAAAAAAGAGCCCAGUAUUAAUCAAAACAAAGUGGCUUCGGCAUAAAUUGGCUUACAGCGUUGAGUCUUAUAGGUCCUGUUUUGUUUUCAUAUAUUGAAUUCCAAGGAUCAGUCAUUGUCUGCUAAGACCAUGUUGGCUUAGGCUGGCAGAUUGAAUUUGGCACAUAACUUAUGUGUGAAUAACUAAGAAGGCCUCUUGUCUCCUUUGAUUCCUUGUGGAAACUGCCAGUAUGAACGUGCAACAUGCGCAGUCUUUGUUAAAUCAAAAGGGCAAUGCAGAUUUACUCUGCUGAAUUGAGAAAGAGAAUGUGUGAUUGUUGGGCUUUGAUGUACUACCAUUUCAUUGCAUUGAGGUUCAUUAUGUUGAUAUUUGUGUCAUGCGUUUUAUUUUUUCUUAUCACCAAAGAUGCAUUAUGUACAUAGUUAUGCUUUUUUUUCUUUAAUUUUUGCAAGAUAUGAGAGAGAUAGCGGUUGAAGAGAUUGCAUUCCGUAAUUUGUAGUAUGUGCAAAGAACUUGUUCUAGGAAGCAUGUUCACUAUUUAUAGUCAUGACAGUCUUUCACAGCUAAUUGUUGUUAGCAUAAGUUGGCAUAAAUUGUGGUCUGUAGUGCAUUUAUUUGUACAGUAUAAAUCAAGGAAAUAUGCCCAUGUUUGAGCUACUUUUUUUUAUGUGGCAGUUUUAUUUCACUGCUGCUUUCUGGACCAAACUUCUAUUUUCAAAGGUUUCCUGUAAACAAGGUUGCAGAAAACUUUCUUUUCCACCACUUUGCCGGUUUGAUCUUCGUGGCCUCUGUCAGAGGUGCUAAUGUGUUGUGGAACUUUGUGUUGGUCUACUGCACCAUGGACGCUUUUAUUUUCUGAAGAAAUUCUUUCAGCAUUUCUCUUCUAUAUCCAGGCAAAGGUUUUAUUUCAAAGGAAAUACUAUUUAAUACUCUACAUUGUAGCUCAGCCUGUGUUAGUCUGUACUGACAGCUGGGUUGCAGUUUUAAAAGUGGUUUUAACCAUUUGAUACCUGCCUUGUGAAAUUUUUGUGGUUUUUACCUUGUGAAUAUUUGUUAGCCAUUGUGAUAUUUGUUUUAAAUAAACUGUAUUUUUAAACAA